AUGGUUCAUCCUUUCGACCCAGUUUCUGACAAAGAGAUCCAGCUGACAUCCCAGCUCAUCAAGGAUGCCGCAAAGGGCCCUGAGAAGCCUCACUUCAUCCAGAUCGACAGACUGGACCCUCCAAAGAAGGACAUGCUCAAGUACCUUGAAGCUGAAAAGUCCGGAAAAUCUUUGCCUCGUAUUCCAAGAGUCACUUAUGUGUACUACUACCUCGGACUCCAGUUUUACAAGGCUUUGGUCAACGUGACCUACGGCCACAUCAUCACCAACCAAAAGCAACCAAAGGGCGUUCAAGGUCCUUUGAUUGCUGAGGACAUUGAAGAGAUCGAGAAGCUCGCAACCUCGCACCCUAUUGUCAAGGCUGAAAUUGCAAAAUUGAAGCUUCCUUCCUACGUCAAGGUUGUUUGCGACCCUUGGAUGAACGGAACUGAUGGUGUGGAAGAUAGACUGUUGAUCCAGUGUUACAUGUACUUGGCCAACGCUCACCACUCCGAAUCUAACCAUUAUUCUCUGCCACUGAAAUUCUCUCCUGUUUUCGAGUGCUUGACUAAAGAGUUUGUCAGAAUGGACUACCUGCCAUCUGGUGUUGAUGAGGCAUGUAUCAACGAUACUGAGCCAUGGACCGAGUUCCCAUUUGUCGAGUACCACCCAGACUUGAACGGUGAGACCAUCAAGCCUCUCAAGCCUCUUAUCGUCCAACAGCCAGAAGGCCCAUCUUUCGAGGUGGACGGCCAAAAGAUCGAGUGGCAAGGAUGGGAGUUCAGAGUCGUUCCUAACUGCAGAGAGGGAUUUGCUAUCUACGACAUCCACUUCAAGGGAAGAUCUGUCAUUUACAGACUGUCCUUGUGUGAAAUGACUGUCCCUUACGGAGACCCAAGAGCUCCAUUCCACAGAAAACAAGCAUUCGACUUGGGUGAUGCUGGAUUUGGUGCCACUGGUAACAGUCUGGCGCUUGGUUGCGACUGUUUGGGUGUCAUCAAAUACAUGGACUGCAGAAGAGUUAACACUGCUGGUGAGUCCGUCUUGAUUCCAAACACUGUGUGUUUGCACGAGCAAGACGGUGGACUGCUGUACAAGCACACCAACUACAGAACUGGAGUCCCUGUCAUCGCCAGAAGAAGAGAGUUUGUUGUUCAGACCAUUGCUACCGUUGCUAACUACGAGUACAUGGUGAACAUCAUUUUCGACCAAGCUGGAGAGAUCAGAAUCCACGUUAGAGCCACUGGUAUUCUGUCCACCAUGCCUUUGGACAGGGACGUCACUGUUCCAUGGGGUACCAACGUGGGACCAAGAGUUUUGGCUUCUUACCAUCAACACAUGCUUUCGUUCAGAAUCGACCCUGCUGUGGACGGAUACGAGAAUACCGUUGUCUUUGACGAUGUGGUGAGAAUGAAGAAGGAUCCAAAGCUCAACCCAUACAACGUUGGUUUCGUCACUGAGAGAACCGUUGUUGACAAGCCAGGUUACGUUGAGCAAUCUCCAUUCACUAACAGAUCUUACAAGAUCAUCAACGAGAACAAGAUCAACCCUAUCUCCAAGAAGCCAGUUGCUUACAAGAUCAUGAUGCCUGCUAGACAAAUGCUUCUCGCUGGAGAAGAGUCUUACAAUAAUAAGAGAGCCCAGUUCGCUACCCAGCAGCUGUGGGUUACCAAAUACCAAGACAAUGAACUUUACGCUGCUGGUGAAUUCACCAACCAAUCGCAAACAGACACUGGUCUGGGAGUCUGGGCUAAGCGCAGAGAAAACGUUAGAAACGACGACCCUGUUGUUUGGGCCACUCUUGGAUUCACACACGUUCCUAGAGUGGAGGACUUCCCAGUUAUGCCUGUGGAAGCUCACGAGAUCUCUCUGGUUCCAUUUGGAUUCUUCGACAAGAACCCAGCUUUGGACGUUCCUCAAUCUUCCCAAAGUUUCAACAAAUCCCAGUACUUCCCUGAGUCCUCUUCUAAGGACUCUUGUUGCAAGUCUAGCUUAUAA